UUGCCAAAACAAGAAACCCUAUAAAAGAGCAUAUGCCACAACUCCUUGAAAACCCAAUUGAACAAAAUAAACCUUUCUUUUCACCCCCAAAAUGAUGUCCUUCGACUUGGUUUCCAUCUUGCUUUUUGCAUCGUUCCUCUUUCUAUUAAAGAAAUGGAUGAAUUCCAAAAAUCAAGCCAAAAGAUUGCCUCCAGGUCCAUGGAAACUACCUAUUCUUGGAAGUAUGCUCCAUAUGGUUGGUGGACUUCCACAUCGUGUCCUUAGAGAUUUAGCUAAAAAAUAUGGACCACUUAUGCACCUUCAACUAGGUGAAGUUUCUGUAAUCGUGGUUACUUCAUCUGAGAUAGCAAAAGAAGUACUAAAAACUCAUGACCUCGCUUUUUCAUCUAGGCCAAAACUUUUGGCAGCCGAAAUUGUCUUGUAUAACUCUUCUGAUGUUGCAUUUGCUCCCUAUGGUGAUUAUUGGAGGCAAAUGCGUAAAAUUUGUGUCUUGGAAGUGCUCAGUACGAAAAAUGUUCGGUCAUUCAGAUCAAUUAGACGAGAUGAAGUUUUUCGUCUUGUUGAAUUUUUUCGAUCAUCUUCUGGUAAGCCAGUUAAUUUUACAAAAAGGAUCUAUCUAUUCAUGAGCUUUAUAAUUUGUCGAUCAGCAUUUGGGACAGUAUUCAAGGAACAAGAUGAAUUUAUACAAGUAAUGAAAGAUGUUACAGCCUUACUGGAAGGGUUUGAUGUGGCUGACAUAUUUCCUUCACUAAAGUUUCUUCAUGUGCUCACUGGAAUGAGGGCUAAAGCUAUGAAUCUGCACCACAAGGUAGAUACCAUUGUUGAUAAUGUCAUAAAUGAGCACAAGAAAAACCUUGAAAAUGGCAAGUUCAAUGGUCAAUUAGGAGGGGAAGAUUUAAUUGAUGUACUACUAAGGCUUAUAAAAGAUGGAGACUUUCAAUUUCCAAUCACCAACGACAACAUCAAAGCUAUUAUUUAUGACAUGUUUGCCGCGGGAACAGAAACAACAUCAACCACAAUUGAUUGGGCCAUGGUGGAAAUGAUUAGGAAUGCAAGUGUAUUCGCCAAAGCUCAAGCAGAGGUAAGAGAAGUCUUUAGCAGGAAAGAAACUUUUGAUGAAAAUGAUGUCGAAGAGUUGAAAUACCUAAAAUUAGUCAUUAAAGAAACUUUAAGACUCCAUCCCCCUCUUCCACUUAUGCUUCCAAGAGAAUGUAGGGAAGAAACAAAUAUAAAUGGCUAUUCUAUUCCUUUGAAAUCGAAAGUAAUGGUUAAUGUUUGGGCUAUCGGAAGAGAUCCGAAAUGUUGGGAUGAUGCAGAAAGCUUUAAGCCUGAGAGAUUUGAGCAGAGCUCUGUAGAUUUUGUUGGUAAUAAUUUUGAAUAUCUUCCCUUUGGUAGUGGCAGAAGAAUUUGCCCUGGAAUAUCAUUUGGGUUAGCUAAUAUUUAUUUGCCACUAGCUCAAUUAUUGUAUUAUUUCGAUUGGAAACUUCCUACUGGAAUCAAUCCAAGUGAUCUAGACAUGGCUGAGUCGGAUGGAGCAAGUAGUGCUAGAAAGAGUAACCUUUACUUGAUAGCAUCUCCGUAUCAACCUUCUCAAGAGUGAUGCAAUGGCAUCAAACUUUAUGUAGUGGUUCGCCUUAUAAAGCUUGCUAAGCAUCACUCUCCUCUCCCCUUUAAUUUUGCUUUGCAUUGUACAUCCUUCCAUUGUACUUCUCUUCUUAUGAUGUUUUAGACUUUACCUCUUUGUAAUAUAAUAUAGUGUCUUUUAUUAAGUAAGAAAUGUAUAUGAUUUUUUCCA